CAAAGCAUUCAGUACAAUACAAAGGUGGUCGAACUAUUCCACCAACUAAACAUAUCAAAACAAUUAAAAUCGGCACCUAAAUCAUCUCUAUUGUCAGUUUCUCCUUCCACUUCGUCUUAGCCACCUCCCAAUAUCGAAAUCCCCAACUAGUAUUUCGUCACAAUCGCCGCGGCAACAAUUGCUUCCUCUUUAUUUGUCACCAUAUAGGUGCAAGAUCUCUUGCACAGAUCAACACAAAGCAACUCAAGAUCUGGUCAAGGAGAAGCAGAUAAAAGUCAAGCCAUGAAGGCAUCUUCCAAUACAGAUAAAAUUGGAAUGCCAACAAGGCUAAUAAAUCAAAAUAAUAUAUCUACUAGUUGUAACAAUAGUACUAGUAACUUUCCAUGCUUUAUUGCCUAGGAUUCUUUUUCAGUCACAUCAACGUUUGUUCUUACGUAACAUCAACCACCCCUUAUUUGGUGCCAUUAGUUUCUAUCUCUAGUGCUAUUGAUUAUCCAAGCAUGGCUUCAAUACAUUAAAAAAGCAAACUCUGUACUUUUUGACAUUUCAACCGUAUUUUUUAUUUUUCAAUAAGACAGAGGCCAAAAAGAAAGGGGAUGGGCUGAGCUAUGCUUAAUGGUGGUUUGGCUUGAAUUGUUUAAUCAAGUUAAUCUUAAUUAACUUACAUAAUCACAAAGAUAAACCCUGACACCCCAAAAGAACAAAAGGGCAGAGUCGUAUGUAUCCCCACUCACGACUACAUGUUGAACCCUGCUGCUAUUGCAGCAAAAAGUUGCGUGGCAUUUAUUCUUGCUACCAAAAUCCCAAUUAGAUAAGUGCUAUGUGGUUGGAAGAACUUGUGUUGCAUUUGAUCAUAGCGUUGAAACAAAUUUUCCAUAUGAAGAAACCCCAAUUUGCUCCAGCUUAAGAACAGAUCUACAAUGGCCGUCUACAACUCUUAUGAUUCUUACAACGAUUCCUACUACCAUUCUGCUCAAAUUGAACCCCCAAUUUCACAAUCCAGCAACGAACCGACCUUCUACAAUCUCUUUGACUACCCACCUCCUUGUUAUUUGGAACAGGUUUAUGAUUCUGAAGUCGGCUACUUUGCCAAUGCUCCCUACAGAUCAAAUUUCUAUGAAUUCCCCCAAUUGAUCGAACGUGAAACCGUUAACCAUGGCGCUUAUGGCUACGCAAUUAGCUACUCGGCCAAUGCUUGUUCUGCACCGAGUUUCACUGUGCCAAAAGUAAUCGAAUACGACCCUGACUUUUACAGCGAGGUCUCGACCCAAUUUGUGAUCUCUUACUCUGUUUCCGAAUUCAACGAGACAGAAUUUGAAGAGUACGAUCCAACCCCUUACGGCGGCGGCUAUGACAUUUCUGAAACCUACGGUAAGCCCCUUCAACCUUCAACUGAAAUUUGUUACCCACCGUCUUCUUCUUCACCGCCGACUGCCACCGCCAUUCCCAUCUUCACCAUACCCAAGGAAGAAGAACCACCAAAGGGAAAAAUUGAAGAACAAACAAAGCCAUCGAGUGAAAUCAAGCCGACCCAGAUCGAAAAAGUUAACCACAGUUCUUCAAGUGAGAGCGACACAGCUUCUGAAUCUGAAGAAAUUGAGGAAGUUAAAGCGAUUCAAUUGGCAGAUCCGGGAAUUGAGUAUGGAAAUGGAAGGGAAGCGAAUCAAUUUCCAAGUGGGUAUGGACUGGAAGCGAUGGAUCUUUGUGAAAGUUUAUUUGGGUAUUGGCCAUGUCUGUCACGGGUAAAAAAACAAACACCUUGUAGGCAACCCAAGAACGGGUGUGGGCGUUGCCACGGCCAUUGCUAUUGCUAUGGGAAUUACGGAAACCAGUGGCAGACGGCGGCGGAGUAUCUGUUCGGAAGCCAUAAUCCAUAUCCAGAUGGAAGGGGGGAAGGAGAUGCUGUUUAUGGUUAUCAAAGACAGAUUCAAGGGGAGCCUGUUUAUGGCUACGUUUGGUUGAAUCAAAAUGACUUCAAUGGGUGUGAAGAUGUUUGAUACUGAUGAUCUGAUUUUUAUGUGUAUCAAAUUGUAGAAGAUCUGUAAUUUCUUUUUCUGUCUCAUCCACUUUGUAUGUAAAAUUAUUAAUAAGUGGAUUUAUUUCCGGUAAUGAUAGGGAUUAAUAUUCUCUUGUGGGA